ACUAAGGACGACAUUUUUACUUCUCUCAUUGACUUCUUAUACCCCAAACCCCGACCUGGUACGUUUGUUCUUUUUCGUUAGCGUCCCCGGAAGUCUCGCGAUGCUGUACCUCUGGAUUUAGAAACUCUGUGGUUUGGGGUGACGCAUGUGUUUUCUGGUGGGUGUGUUCUUUCACCGUGUUCAGUGCGACGUUUCAGUAAAGUUCUAAGAUGGCGACGGUGCAUCUGAGAAUCGGGGACCUAGUUUGGGGAAAGCUCGGGCGCUAUCCUCCGUGGCCAGGCAAGGUCGUCAGUCCUCCAAAGGACCUGAAAAAGCCAAGAGGGAAAAAAUGUCAUUUUGUCAAAUUCUUUGGAACUGAAGACCAUGCCUGGAUAAAGGUGGAGCAGCUGAAGCCAUACCACCCCCACAAAGAGGAGAUGAUCAAGAUCAACAAGGGCAAACGUUUCCAACAGGCUGUGGAUGCGGUGGAAGACUUCCUGAAGAAGAAAGAGAAACAGGGGGGGAAAGAACAGAGCUCUGAGGGGAAAGGAGACUCUAAAGGAAAGAAGACACCAACUAAACCUCUGAAGAUCCUAGAGGAAGAUGAUGAAGACCUCAGUGCCCUGAAAGACCCCUCUGAGAAGGACCUAACUGACUCUGAACCAGAGCCGUCCAGUGUUGAGCGACUAGGGGGCCUGGGAACUACUGGACCUGUCUCAGGAUUCAAAUGGGAGAGCAGUCCAGUACAGGAUGAUCCCCAUUUCCACCACUUUCUGCUCAGCCAGACUGAGAAGCCUGCCUCGUCCAUGGAGCCUAUCAGUAAACGCCUGAAGAUCGUUGAGGAGGACACAAGGUCACCGUCUAUCCAAGCUGCAGACAGCACCGCCAUCAACGGCAGUAUUACUCCCACAGACAAACGGAUAGGGUUCCUAGGGCUGGGGCUCAUGGGUAGCGGAAUAGUGUCCAACCUGUUAAAGAUGGGUCACGUCGUCACAGUGUGGAAUCGCACAGUAGAAAAGGUACCGCAAGACAACCAACAUUGUGACCUGUUCAUCCAGGAGGGGGCCAGGUUAGGGCGGACCCCAGCAGAGGUGGUCUCCCUGUGUGACAUCACCUUCUCCUGCGUCUCAGACCCCAAGGCUGCCAGGGAUUUGGUGCUGGGUCCCAGUGGAGUGCUCCAGGGCAUCAGGCCAGGGAAAUGUUACGUAGAGAUGUCUACCGUGGACCCAGAGACCAUCACAGAGCUCUCACAGGUGAUAUCGUCGCGGGGCGGGCGCUUCCUGGAGGCUCCUGUGGCUGGGAGCCAGCAGGUAUCUAACGAAGGCAUGCUGGUCAUCCUAGCGGCCGGAGACAGGACGGUCUACGAAGACUGCAGCUCCUGUUUCCAGGCCAUGGGCAAGACCUCAUUCUUCCUAGGUGAGGUGGGUAACGCAGCGAGGAUGAUGCUGAUCCUCAACAUGGUACAGGGAAGCUUCAUGGCAACCAUCGCCGAGGGGCUGACCCUAGCCCAGGCCACAGGCCAAUCACAGCAUACCUUCCUGGACAUCCUGUCUCAGGGUCAGAUGGCCAGCACCUUCGUGGACCAAAAAUGCCAGAAUAUCCUACAGGGAAACUUCAAACCAGACUACUAUUUGAAACACAUUCAGAAGGAUCUGAGGCUAGCCAUCUCCAUGGGCGACACAGCCAAUCACCCGACCCCUAUGGCUGCAGCAGCCAAUGAGGUCUACAAGAGGGCUAAAGCACUGGACCAGUCAGACAACGACAUGUCGGCUGUCUACAGAGCCUACAUUCACUAAACCUCCUGAAGAGCCUGUCCCCGACCUGUCCUCUCCCCCGACCUGUCCUCUCCCCCCCGACCUGUCCUCUCCCCCCCGACCUGUCCUCUCCCCCCCGACCUGUCCUCUCCCCCGACCUGUCCUCUCCCCCCCGACCUGUCGUUUCCCUGUCCUCUCCUCGACCUGUCCUCCUCUCCUCUGGACCACACUUAUCUUUUAUACAUUUUUAUUCCCAUUUUAUUAAGUAUUUUUGCCUGGCACCAGAGAUAUUGGUGUACUUCCCAAAUGCCAUCCUAUUUCCUAUAUAGUACUCUACUUUUGACCAGGGUCCAUGAUUUCCUCGUGCAUGAAGCUGAAUACCCAACUCUGCAGAAUCAGGGCCCAUAGGGCUCUGGUCAGAAGUUGUGCACUACAUGGGGAAUAGUAUGUCAUCUGGGAGGCAGCUAUUCCUUCCCGGUAACGUGAUGGGAACCUCGAACUAGUCCACCUGGAACAUUGCACUGACUGAGGUUUCUAAUAAUGCUAGUAGAAUGGUCCACAGAAGGUAGCUUUUUCCCCCCACAUAUUUGCGUUUUGUUGUCGAUAGUGUUGUUCAAGUUUCUGAUGGUAAAGUACUGCAGGGUGUUCAGAACAGAUUUUGGGAUACGGCCCCAUUGCUGACGCAAGGUAAGAUGUUCAGUAGUGAUAUGGAACGCGACACAUUGCCUGUUGCUGUCGGGUGGGUUUUGAAGCUGCACGGGCCAUGGAUUAAUUUAUCACUCUUUCUUUCUUUGCAUUUUAUUUAAUUCUAUGUGUGAAAAUGUCAUCUUUAAUUAGAAUGUCCAGAAUUUCAUAUAAACGUAUAAAGCUGUUGAUAUUAUCUUUUAAAAAGAGGGCAAAGGCUUGAGAAGCACCAAGAGGAAUAAUGCCACUGCAUUGCCUUAAUAUUGGAACCAUUUGAAAUCUUCUGACAUGUAUUUAUUUAUUUUUAGACGCUCUAGAUCUCUCUAUUCUACUUCUCUUUUGGUGCAGUUUGGCCUGGAGUUGUUUCCGUAGUUGUCUGAAUCUGAACAGUGUUUUGUUUGUUGUGUUAGCUUGUUAGAGAACCUGCUCCCUUAAGGUUAUAUUAAUAAGGUUAUAUUAAUAAGGUUAUAUUAAUAAGGUUAUUCUGACGCCUUGUAAUACAGUAAUGACUUAAUCCUUCUUCUAACCGGGAUUCACCCCAAAUGGCACCCUACUCCCUUUAUAGUGAACUUGUUUAGACCAGAAAUCUGGUCAAAAGUAUUGCGCUAGAUAGGGAAUAGGGUUCCAUUUGGACUCAUCCCAGGACAUUAAGGGGAUCACGUUUAAAACCCAUGCAGUGGUCUAACAUUAUUAAAAACAGGCAAGUCGAUCACUUUUUAUUGUACAUGUAUGUUUUGGAGCCACGUUGCUUAGCGACCUGUUUUGUAUUUUAACAUGACUAUAGAUCUCUUGGGUUGAUGACUUGGGUUAUUGUACCUCAACUGUUGCCCUUUGCAGUGGGGAUAGAUUAGCCUGGGUCCCAGUCUGUUUGUGCUGUCAUGCCAACUCAUUGUCAUAUCAAACAUGUUGGGCUUGACAAGUACAGCAAGGAAGUUGGCCAAGACCACAAACAGAUCUGGGAUCAGACUAAGGAGGAAAGAUGUAUUUAUUACCAGAUCAAUCACCAUAUAGGAAACUGUCUAACUACAGAAUGUGAAUUUCAGUUGAAUCAUAACCGCUCCCUGAGAUUCAGGGCCCAAACUACAACCUUUUACGUUCUCCUUCAAAGGGUUACCUGGCAGGGCCAUGAGAAGACAGGCAAUUGUUACCUGAAUGGCAGUGGGGGAAUUUAGGCCACAUAAAACAUAACAAAAUAAUUUACUUUAAAGAGAAUUAGUCACCAUUGAAAGACCUUGUAACCUGCUUGAGAUGGGUUAUUGUCCUGGCAAAAUAAAAUAUUGCUCACUUUCAAUAAUGAUUUUAUCCCUUUCUGUUUUAGUUCAUUUUGAUUUGGAAAAAUGUGAAACUAUUCAACUCAUUGUUAAAACACAAUUGAACAUGUAUAACAUCUGAUUUUGGCUUAAUAUAAUUUUCAUGUCGCAAGGUCUUGAUCAUCCCAUUUGUAGAAGUAGAUUUUCCUUUUGCCAAACAAGAUGUAAAUUAAGUUUUUUAGGUUUAAUUUGUUUAAACACGGAAAUAGUUUAAAGAUUUAAGUACUGUUUUUAGUAGGAAACAUUCAAACAAAUGACUUGUAAAUAGCCCAUAUUGGUUGAGUGGAUGUACGCUUUAUAAAUAAAGGGUAAUAUAAAAAUA